UUUUAGCCAAAAAUCCUAAACUGCAAUAAUGAAACAAUGGACAUAGUGAUGGUAACAAGCAAGCUUUAUCUCUCAACACCUUCGCUCCUGUCCAUCACACUUCAAGCACUACAACACCAACAAUCCAAUAAUCUUCCCUCCAAACUCAGUUUCACACAAACCCCACAAAAGCACCAAAAAAGUUCAUCCUCCACUCAUUAUGAUCACCCCAAUAUUGAUCAAACCCAGCAAAUCCAUGCCCACAUGAUCAAGACCCACUUUGACCACUCCCUCCAGAUUCCUCUGAGUUUCCUUCCCCCCCAUUUGAGCCCUGAAGCCCAGUACAACUUCUUGAUAACCUCUUACAAUAACAACAACUUCCCAAAACAGUCGCUGAAAAUCUACGCUCACAUGCGAAGAUUCGACGUCCAAGUUGACAGCUUUACCGCCCCAUCUGUCCUUAAAGCUUGCGGGCAAUGCUCGUUAGUUGUACUUGGAAAGGAGAUUCAUGGCUUUGUGUUGAAGAAUGGAUUGGAUGGUGAUGUUUUCGUGUGUAACGCUUUGAUGCAGAUGUAUAGCGAAUGUGGGAGCGCGGUUUCCGCACGCUUAAUGUUCGAUCAAAUGGCUGAAAGAGAUGUCGUUUCUUGGAGCACAAUGAUUAGGAGCUAUGUUAGGAAUAGAUUGCUAGGAGAAGCAUUGGAUCUUAUAAGGGAAAUGCAUUCUGUAAGAGUGAGGCCUAGUCAGAUUGCUAUGAUUAGCAUGGUCAAUCUCUUUGCAGACCUCACUAAUGUUAAACUGGCGAAAACGAUGCAUGGCUAUGUCAUAAGGAAUAUGAAUAAUGAGAAAAUGGGAGUUCCUAUCACUACUUCUUUACUAGAUAUGUAUGCCAAGUGUGGUAACUUAGCUUAUGCAAGAUGGCUGUUUGAUGGGUUGACUCAAAAAAGUGUUGUUUCGUGGACUGCUAUAGUUGCAGGAUACAUUCGUGGCAACAGAUUAGAAAAGGGGAUGAAACUUUUCAAGGAAAUGCUUGAGGAAGGCGUUUUUCCAAAUGAGAUUACAGUUUUGAGUUUGAUUAUAGAGUGUGGGUUUGUAGGUGCUCUGGAGCUGGGGAAGUGGCUGCAUUCCUAUAUGUUGAGAAAUGGGUUUGUCAUGUCUCUGGUUUUGGCUACUGCUCUGGUUGAUAUGUACGGAAAGUGUGGUGACCUUAGAAGUGCAAGAGCUGUUUCUGAUGGCAGGGAUGACAAAGAUGUCAUGAUUUGGAGUGCUUUGAUAUCAGCUUCUGCACAAGCGAAUUGCCCUAACGAGGCCCGCGAACUCUUUUCCCAGAUGAGGGAUGAAGGAUUGAGGCCAAAUGAGGUAACAAUGGUCCGCCUGAUUUCACUAUGUGCAGAAGUAGGAGCCCUUGACUUGGGCAAGUGGCUUCAUUCGUACAUAAACCAGCAAGGAUUGGAAGUUGAUUUAAUACUUAAAACAGCUCUAGUAGACAUGUACGCUAAAUGUGGAGACAUAGAUGCGGCCCAUGCGUUGUUCAGUCGAUCCACAGAUCGAGAUAUUUGUAUGUGGAAUGCCAUGAUGACUGGAUUUGCAAUGCAUGGUUGUGGAAACGAAGUUUUGAAACUCUUCGAAGAAAUGGAGAUACUUGGCAUUCAACCUAAUGAGAUCACUUUUAUUGCAGUUCUUCAUGCUUGUAGUCAUGCCGGAUUGGUGAUUGAAGGAAAGAGGUUUUUUGAUAAAAUGGUUUAUGGCUAUGGCUUGGUUCCUAAAGUUGAGCAUUAUGGAUGCAUGGUGGAUCUUCUUGGUCGAGCCGGGCAACUUGGUGAGGCUCAUGAAUUGAUUAAAAGCAUGCCUAUACAACCUAACGUGGUUGUAUGGGGUGCUCUCCUUGCCGCAUGCAGGCUUUACAAAAAUCCCAGUUUGGGGGAAGUAGCAGCAAAACAUCUCCUUGAGUUGGAACCAAAAAGUUGUGGUUACAACAUUCUGAUGUCAAACAUCUAUGCCAGCGCCAAAAGAUGGAAUGAUGUUGCUGGAGUGAGAAAAGCUAUAAAGGACAGUGGAAUUAAGAAGCAGCCGGGUCUCAGCUCAAUUGAAGUAAAUGGGUUGGUUCAUGAAUUUUCAAUGGGAGACAACAUUCACCCUCAAACUGGAAAGAUCUAUGAAAUGUUGGCUGAGAUGAGUAUGAAGUUGAAAGAGGCUGGUUACACUCCUAACACGUCCGUCGUGUUGCAGAACAUUGAUGAGGAAGAGAAGGAAACGGCGCUUAGCUGUCAUAGUGAGAAGUUGGCCAUGGCAUUUGGUCUUAUCAAUACAGCUGCAGGCACAACAAUGAGGAUUGUGAAGAAUCUCCGAGUCUGUGAUGAUUGUCACGCUGCAACCAAGCUCCUGUCUAAAAUUUAUGGAAGGGUGAUAAUAGUAAGGGACCGGAACCGCUUUCACCACUUCAGAGAAGGGUCUUGUUCUUGUGGUGAUUAUUGGUAGCCAUCCCAGUUAUUCUUGGUAAAUGUAACAUAAAUUUUCUAACCGUACAGAUACAAAUUACUCGAGGUUGUCCUCAUUAUCAUUUAACAAUUCAAAAUAUCUCUCGCAUUCCCUUGGAUUUGAGAUCUUUGAAUAUCUGCGGCUUAACCAGAAAACUGAUUGAGAAU